AUGACAUCUAGGUUGGCUAGCAAACUAUUUGUUGAUGAGGUAAUGAAAGUGCCAUCUAUGACAGUGCAUGAGUUGAUGACCAAAGUAACUGAGGCGUUAAAUGUUGAUUUCAGCCUUAAGCAAGGGUAUAAAACACUUAGAAAAGUGAGAGACACUAUUCAUGGAUCCCAUGACAAACAGUACACCAUGUUGGAAACAUUUUGUGUUAAAUUGAGGAGGGCAAAUCCGGGAUCUACUGUAUUUGUUGAGACUUAUAUAGAUGAAGAUGGUGUUUCUAGGUUUAGAAGGCUGUAUAUGUGCUUAGAACCAAUAAAGAGAGGUUUUUUAGCUGGUUGUAGAAAAUGGAUUGGGUUAGAUGGUUGCUUCCUAAAAGGUCCAUAUGGUGGGCGGCUUUUAUCAGCAAUUGGAAUGGACGGUGAUAACAAAAUGUUUCCAUUGGCAAUGUCAGUUGUUGGGGUAGAGAAUUAUGAUAACUGGAUUCAGGCUGUUAAGGACAAACUUCCACAAGCGGAGCAUGGGUGUUGUGUCCAACACCUUUACACUAACUUCAAGCAAAUGCAUAGAGGUCUUGUUCUUAAAGAUAGGCUUUGGAGAUGUACUAGGGCUUCAUAUAUAACUCGGUACAAAGCAGAAAUGGAGAUGAUAAAGCUAGAAUCAAAGGAUGCAUAUGCAUGGUUGGAUGAAAAGGACCCCAAUACUUGGUCUAGGGCUUAUUUCAAGACUGGAUUGGAUUGCGAUAUAUUGGUUAAUAAUAUGUGUGAAUCUUUUAAUUCAGUUAUUUUAAAGGCACGAUCACUGCCUAUCAUAGGCAUGUUGCAAACUAUUUACUUAUAUUUGUUGAAGAGAAUGGAGAAGAAUAGAGAGACAAUGUCUAAGCAUGAAGGUUAA